UCCCGCUCCUGCGGUCCCAAACCCUGUAUUCUCCGGUCCCAGCAGCUUCUUCCCGGUCGUGCCAUUCUCAAGUGCCUCGAGUCCUCUGGUCUAUUGACUCGCCACCAUGGUCCGGAACAUCGUGGUCCUCGGCGGCAACUCGCACCCGGACCUGGUCCAGAGCGUGGCCAACAUCCUCGGCGUGCCCCCCUGCAACCGCAUCCUGACCAAGUUCUCGUCGGGCGAGAGCCGCUGCGAGAUUCAAGACUCGGUGCGCGGCAAAGAUGUCUACAUCAUCCAGACCGGUUUCGGCGGCAAUGGCAGCAAGCUCAACGAUCACUUCAUGGACCUGUGCAUCAUGAUCUCGGCCUGCAAGACGGGCUCGGCACGCCGGGUCACCGCCGUGCUCCCGCUCUUCCCCUACUCGCGGCAGCCCGACCUCCCGUACAAGAAGUCUGGUGCACCUCUCUUCAAGGGUGGCUCCGAGAACGGCAAGAUGGACUACACCUUUGAGAGCGUCCCAGCGACGCCCGCGCCCGACCUACCCAGGACCCUAGGGCUCACCAACGGCAGCGACAUCACAAACCGGCUGGCCAAGACCACGUCAUUGCCCAACGGCACCAGCGCCGGCGCCAUGUCGCCGGUCAAACCGAUCAAUGGCGAGAGCUACCUUGGUGCCAACGGCCAGGGCGUGGCGACCCCUGGUUACACCACGCACGACUACGAGAACAUGUCUCACGUCGGUGCGUUCCAGGCCAAGCCGGGCUACAAGCAGUGGGUUGCGCAGGCCGGCACAUUGGUCGCCAAUCUGCUGACCUGCGCUGGCGCUGAUCACGUGAUCACCAUGGACUUGCACGACCCCCAAGUCCAAGGGUUCUUCGAUGUCCCUGUCGACAACUUGUACGGCAGGCCGCUAUUGAAGCGCUACAUCCAGACACACAUCCCUAACUACAAGGAUGCUGUGAUCAUCAGCCCCGAUGCCGGUGGUGCUAAGCGGGCCACUGCGAUUGCGGACAGCAUGGGCAUGGAUUUUGCCCUCAUCCACAAGGAGCGCCGUCCCACCAAGAUCACGGACCGGCAAAACGCCACCAUGAUGCUGGUUGGCAACGUGGCCGACCGUGUUUGCAUCCUCAUCGAUGACCUGCUGGAUACGGGCAACACCAUCACGCGUGCAGCCAAGCUGCUCAAGAAGGAGGGCGCCACGACCAUCUACGCGCUGCUGACCCACGGCGUCUUCAGCGGCGACGCCAUCAGCCGCGUCAAGGCAUCGGCCAUCGACAAGAUCAUCGUGACCAACUCGGUGCCGCAGGACGAGCACAAGGCGCUGCUGGGCCCCAGACUCGAUGUCCUGGACAUCUCGCCCAUCUUCGCCGAGGCCAUCCGGCGCGUGCACCAUGGCGAAUCCAUCAGCGUGCUCUUCAACUACGACUAACUGCAUGACAUCUCUGGGGAAGGCUCAUCAAAAAAAAUUUCCACGGCGUGCAUUGAA